AUGUAAAAAAGUUUGGAAUAAUAAUAUUUAGAUGCUUUAGAAAAGAAUCUAUUAUUAGAGAAGAAUAAAGAAGAAUAGGCUAAAUAAUAAUUUAUAAAUGCAGCUAAUAAAAUUAAGAAAUGUUAUGGAUUAUAUAAAUAAAGAUUAAAACUUUAAUUUAAAAUCAAAUUCAUAAUUAAAAUUUAAAAAUAUUAUAGGAGAUGGAUUGCAAAGAAGAAAAAACAAAUAAUAAUUUAAAAAUAGAAAUAAUUAUUAUUUAUAAGACCUUAUUUUUAUAGAUUAAAAUAAUCUAAAAAAAAAUUGAUCUUAACUAUUUAAUAAAAAUAAAUUCUUAAACCUAUUGUUAAUCUAAUUCGUAAUUUUUCCAAAAUUAAAUCUGCUAAAAGAAGAUACUUUAUUCUUUCACUAAUUUAAUAUAAGAAAAUAUAAAAUUAAAAAACUAAAUUAAAUGCUGCACUUUCUUAAUAUAAAAUUAGUUAUUAUAAAUAAUAAAUAGAUUAUUAACAUAAAAAAAUUGCUAUCUUAUAUGAAAUAGAAUUUAUCAACAAUAUACAAUAAUUAAAUAAUAAAUAUUUUGAAAUAGGACUUUAAAAUUAUUAAAAAGAAUUAGAAUAAUUUAUAAAAUCUAAAAGUCAUGAAUUAGAUUUUAUCGAGUUAAAGGAUUAAAAGGGAAAUUCAUAUUGGUAAAAUCUAAAAACAUUAAAAAAAUAUAAUGUUAAUCCUAUAGAUUAAUUAAUUCAAAAUAAUUUUGUCAAAGUUGAAGAUGAAUAUGUUACUUAAUAUAAAGAAUAAGUUCUUUAUUUAGAAGAAGGUAAAGAAGAGUUGAUAAAUCUACUUUAAUAAAUUAAACCAGAAAAAAUACCUUUUCCAACAUUCUAAUAAUAAAUUAAAUGA